CGGGCAGCAGCAAUGCCUGCGCGCAGCCGCCACCGUCCGCGCCUCCACUCCCGGUCCCCUCCCCGGGCUCCGCCCCCGCCUCUCGAGGCGGUCCCCGCCGGCGGGGCUCAGAGGGCCCCGGACUCCGACGGCGGCUCGGAAGCCGACACGGAGGUGGGUCCGGGCAGCCCCUCUCGGGCUGCGGAGACAGUGGGGGAGGAAAUGGCUGGUCCUAAUCAACUCUGCAUUCGCCGCUGGACUACCAAGCAUGUAGCUGUUUGGCUAAAGGAUGAAGGCUUCUUUGAAUACGUGGACAUAUUGUGCAAUAAGCACCGACUUGAUGGAAUCACAUUGCUAACGUUGACUGAAUAUGAUCUCCGAUCUCCUCCUCUGGAAAUCAAAGUCUUAGGGGACAUCAAACGAUUAAUGCUUUCUGUCCGAAAAUUGCAGAAAAUACAUAUUGAUGUUUUAGAAGAGAUGGGAUACAACAGUGACAGUCCCAUGAGUUCCAUGACCCCUUUCAUCAGUGCUCUUCAGAGCGCAGAGUGGCUCUGCAACGGGGAGCCUUCGCAUGACUGUGAUGGACCCAUUGCUGAUUUAAAUUCUGAUCAGUACCAGUACAUGAAUGGUAAAAACAAACAUUCUGUUCGAAGACUGGACCCAGAGUACUGGAAGACCAUAUUGAGUUGUAUAUAUGUUUUUAUAGUGUUUGGAUUUACAUCUUUCGUUAUGGUUAUAGUCCAUGAGCGAGUGCCUGACAUGCAGACCUAUCCACCACUCCCAGAUAUAUUCUUAGACAGUGUUCCUAGAAUCCCAUGGGCCUUUGCCAUGACAGAAGUAUGUGGUGUGAUUCUGUGCUACAUUUGGAUCCUGGUUCUUCUUCUUCACAAGCACAGGUCAAUACUUCUGCGAAGGCUCUGUAGUCUGAUGGGCACUGUAUUCUUGCUUCGCUGCUUUACCAUGUUUGUGACCUCCCUCUCCGUGCCAGGACAGCACCUGCAGUGUACUGGAAAGGUAUAUGGCAGUGUAUGGGAGAAACUACACCGGGCCUUUGCCAUUUGGAGUGGCUUUGGUAUGACCCUAACUGGUGUUCACACUUGCGGAGAUUACAUGUUCAGUGGCCACACAGUCGUUCUAACUAUGCUGAAUUUCUUUGUCACUGAAUAUACACCAAGAAGCUGGAAUUUCUUGCACACUUUAUCCUGGGUUCUCAACCUCUUUGGAAUCUUCUUCAUUUUGGCUGCCCAUGAACAUUAUUCCAUUGACGUGUUUAUUGCCUUUUAUAUCACAACAAGACUCUUUUUAUAUUACCAUACUCUAGCUAAUACCAGAGCAUAUCAGCAGAGUAGGAGAGCAAGAAUUUGGUUUCCCAUGUUUUCUUUUUUUGAAUGUAAUGUUAAUGGUACAGUACCUAAUGAAUAUUGUUGGCCAUUUUCAAAACCAGCAAUAAUGAAAAGACUAAUUGGAUGAAGACUAUAUUUGUUUCAUGAUUAAUUAUACGAUAGUUGUUGAAAGUGAAUAACUUUGCUUUCUCCCCCUAGGUUGUUCCUGGAUGCCUUGCUUUUUGGCUUAUAUAUUGACAAAGUAAAGUGUCCUCUUCUGAGCAAGGAUGUGAUUACAGAAAACAAGAAGGAACAAUCAAGAGUCCUUACAUGUCUGUUUGAAUGGAAAACUUAACUAGAUGUCUUUUGCCCCUUCUGUUUAAAAGGCAGAAGUAAUAUUGUGAUUGAAGCCAGGCUGUUACCCCUACCUGUUGAGUAUUUGCAUAUUGAAUUUAGCAAAUCAACUUAAGCAAUUUGCUGGUUUAAAGAUUUUGGUUUUUUAAUUUCCAGCAGGACUCCAGUCAAGAAAUAAUAUUUUUUGAAAUUCCUUAUUAUCUUCAAAGGAAAAAGCCCUAUCAAGUGAAUAGUACUUGUUCUUUGAAUUAAUCUCUGUGUCUUUUUAACAAUGCAACUCUGGAAAGUAAUCGGUUUUACUAACAUAAUUUUUGCCUUCUGACAUCUUUAAGAAAAGUAUAUGGAACAUACCAGGAUGCCUGAAACAAGAAGAGAAAGGGGCUGUACAUGAGGUGACAGAGUACGAAUAUAGUACUGGCUUUUUUCACCAAAGAUGCAAUGGAAGAUGCAGUUCCCAUUUUGUUCUGAGGGCUCAGCGUGACCAUAAAUUCAUGGGGGGCAAAUGGCUGCAUCUAUAAAUAUAAAAUUGGCUGAAUUUUAGUGAUGGGAUAACUUUGUGCUGUAGCUGUUAGAUGACAGCCCAAUUUUAUGCUUUUUAAUGAUGUUAUUUGUUAUUUAAUAAGAAAAACAGUGGAGUGUUUUACCAGAUGUUAGAUAAAGUUCUUAUGUCCUUAACUGCGGAGAUAUGCAUGCAAAAAAAAUUUUUUUUUGAAAAGAAAUUUAUAGCAGUUUGCAGGCAUAGUAUAACUUUUUGAUUUUUGAAAUUUCUCAUUCUUGGCCAUCAGAAGUAAACAGUCACAGACAUAUUUAGAUAUAAAAAGGUCUUGUUGUUUUUUAAUUUUAAAUACAAUUGUGUGCAUACAUUCUUUCUAUUUAGUCUUAAUUUGGCAGUCAGGAAGUGAUAUAACUUAGUUGCUAUGUACAACACUAGAAACUUGGUACCUCAAGUAAUUUGAUCUCUGAUAGUAUCUGUCACUUCACUUCUAAUGGUUUUACAGAGUAGUUAUAACAGUGGGAUAGUUGUGGAAUUGGAAUUUGAAACCCAAAUGAUGAGCUUAGCCACUUAGAAUAUUAAUUGUAUGGUUUUUACAUUCCAUAAGGAGUUAGAAAAGGUGCUGGCAUAUUGAGGUCUAAAAUUAGGCCACUUAGCAGGAGCCUGCUCCUUAUGUGAGUGAAAUAUUUUAUUUUUGCACUUUGAGUUAUAUUGCCACCCUUGUAUAAGCUGCAGAGGACCCUAAAUGGAUUGGGCAGGAAAGGAAUAUUAUGCAAACAAGUUUUAGCCAGCGCUGAAUGACCCCCAGUUGGAGUCUCUCUGAACAUUAUUUUUUAAUUUCUCCCCUGAGAAAUGGCACAAGGCAAUUCAUUUUAUUAUGCUUUUAAAUCUCAUACUUCAGAAUCUUAUAAUAUCUUAAAUUGUUGAUUCUAUUACAUGCUAGGGACAAAAAUGCCAAUAUUUCAUCUAAGGACAUUGCGUGAUUAUAAAGGAGUUUGACCCUUGAUGUUAAAAGAUCUGGCACUGUCAUUUUUUUCCCAAAUGACAGUACAGGACCUAAUUUAGCUAGGGAGGUCACUAAUGUUGGCUUUUGGAAGAAUGUUUGGAAAAAUAUCUCCGGCAACGUUAAGUCAAGAAUGUUAAGAAGCUGUUUAAUGCUAAAAUUUCCUACCAUCAAUCUUUUUCCUUCAUAUGGAUUCUGUUCUAUAGAACAAAAUAGAAAAAAAUAAACUGCAACUAAUUUGCAAAGCUGUUGACAUUUAGAGUGCCUAACAGCAAACUGCAGUGAGGAUUAUAAAAUAACUUCAGAGCCUUGCACUUGUCAAAUCUGUUUUGAGGAAAAGAUAAGCUAGACUUAUAGUUUAUUGUUAUAACUAUUGCAAGGCAGUGUUUACAUAAAUCAAUCAUCUCCAAGUCUCUUUCUUGGAAAACUUUGAGACAAUUUUUUUUUUGUUUUUUUUCUUAAUAAGAAACUUAUAUGUCAGUUGUUUUCUGUUUGUACAGAAAUUUCCAGAUUUUUGUCUUUGUAUUUUUUUUUCUUGUUAAAAUCUAGACUAUAAUGAAGGUACUAUUUACAUUUACACGUUGGGUGUGAAUGUGGCUAGGUAGAGAAGGUAUAUGACUUAGAUCUACAUAUAUUUCGACCUUGUACUAGGUUCUACAGUUGCAGACUUGUGAGAGAGAGGCUUAUAUCAUUAAACACUGAGACCUCAGUAUAGAAAGAGCCAAGAAAGUUUUUGGUUUGGGAUACAAAAUGAAGGUUAUAUUAAAAGUCUUUGAUGCAUUUUCUAGGUUCCUGGGGACAACGUGGCUGGCUUCCCUCCCUUUCCUUUCCUCUUUUUCUCUCCCUCCUCCCCUGCACCCCACCCUCUUUCAUUCUUUUAAGUCCAUGCUGGGCAGUGUUAUUGAAGGGCAAUUGAAAUUUGUUGGGGAGUAGGAUGUUUUGAAGAGGGGAAGUUUGCUGUUAUCACCAAGCAAUUUGGGAGGAACUUUUUUGCAAUGCUGCAGAAUUCUUAACAUGCCUAUCCUCUUCAUAGUUCUCUGUGGCCAGAAUUGCUUGGGUAAAAAUACAACUUCCAUAUGUUGGGUCAGUUUAUUAUUAGUAUCCUUUUAAAUCAGCAAUGAGCUUAGCCUUAGAAUCAGUCAGUUAUUAAAUGUGGACUGUUGACACGAAAAACCCACUGACUGAGAGACCUGUUCAUUGUGUAACUGAUGCUGCAAGUGGCAUUCUUCUCUACCCUGUACCUGCCUGAUUGUUGUUACUUAGAAUCCCUAAAAUCUGUAAUUCAUAAAUGGAGAACAGAGGAGCGAAAUGCUGUCAUAGCUGGUAUGAAAAGGUCUGUUUUAGGGACAUCUCUUUGGAAAGUGUUGUUUAUACAUUCAAAGAUUAUAUUCGUAACAUUAACCUGCUUUGACUGGAUCCAACAAAAGGCAAUCUCAUCAUUAGUUUCAUAGUAUACUUUUUUAAGGAUUCUAAUUCCAAAAUGCUUGAGAAAAUUAACUAUAUUCUUGUUUUAAAUACUUGGAUCUAAUAAAUUUAAUUCUUUGAUAGUCUUUUUGUAGACUUAGGUUAUUCCUUACCAAAAGUAAUCUUAGUAAUAAUUCUUUAAGGUAUUCAGGCAUGUGAGACAAGAAGGCUCCCUUAAGAAUAGAUCAAUAGCUUUCUUAAACAGUAUUGGUUUCAUUGAGAUAGCUACAAAGCCAGCAAAGCAUGUCAGUUUUAAUGCCAACUUUACUUGGCACUUAAGACAGCUUGCAUUUGUAAAACGUUUAGUCCAAAUUACCCCUCUACCUCUAUAGAGGAGAACUGUUGGUAACACCAAAAGUUAGGCUGCUUCAGAUGACCAGUGAAAAAGGAAAGAGGUUGAGAGUCUUUUUCUCUCUCUGUCUUUGAAUGUCUUUGAAUAACUGAAAUUACUAUGGAAGUAGGUUUUGGUCCCCUUCUUGCCUACCCCUCACCACCCAGCAAAUGCCACCAAUUUCAAGUAACUAAAAUGUGGCUUAUUACUUUGCAUCAAGUUCAAUACAAAAUGCCUGUGAAAUCUGUAAGCCAUAAUUCAGCUACCAAUAAAGUUGAUUUUUAGACUAUGUUCCACCCUAAAUUAACCAAAGGACUUUUUACUCAGAGUACUCCAUGUUUAAGCAUAAAGAAGCUUUGUGCCUGAUAAGGAGAGAGAAGGAGGGCUCUGUUAAUUUCAUUGUUAUUUCAGUCUGUUUCAAUCUGAACUACUGGGUUGUCUGAAUAUAACCAAGAAAUGUUAUCAGUAAUGUCCUCUUAAAAAUGCUUAAUUUUAAUAAUUUUUUAUUCAGAGAAUCUAUGGAUUAUUAGGACAGUUGAAGUAUUUCUGAUAUGAAACAAAGUAAGUGGAAACUAGUACAUAAUGAGGGAAGCAAAAUUAGUUUGAAUUAAAGUGGGCAUGUUUUAUUUCAAGAAUUCUACCUAAUUGUGUCCCUCUCUACAGAGAAACUAGUAUUACUUGAAGAUGUGAAAGUUCCUGUAGUAGCCAUACCUUAAAGCACAGUAUUGUAUAUAAGUAAAU